AGGAUUUCCUGUCAAAAUUGAAAUUGUAUUGUUGAAUGCAUGGAAAUGAUAAACUACACGAAUUCAGCUCAUUUUCACGGUCGUAGACAAUCGAGAUGGUACUAGCUUUCCUUCGAGUAGCAUGGCGGUGUUCAUCGUCAAGGAUUGAAGGCUGAAACUAGAAGUACAAGAAUCAAGAUGGUCGCCACUUGGUCUGCGUAUUUCGAUCGGGUGGCGCCCAAGGCCGCCGGUCUUGCGGCCGGGUACCCCACCGUGCUUGCCGCCGUCCUGGGUUUCGCCGUUGCGGGCUUGAUUUUGCGGCAGAAGGCGUCGAUCUUCCGGAAAAUCGAGAAGGUCAUUCUGUUUCCAGUGAAUUUCACCGUGCGGGUGGUCGUUGAGCUGAUUCUCUUCGUCAAUAGCUGCUUUGAAAAUUGCACGCUGCGCACCACCGUCGCGGUUGGGAACAAGCACUGGAAAAAAGUCACGGUCGCGGAUCCCCACUACCCAGUACAGAUCGAGUUCCGGCAUUGUUCCACACCAGUACUUCUACCAUGUACGGAGGAGAAGGAUGUCGAAAAGGACAAGAAGUCGCCCUCCGCCAUCGGGGGUGUCACACGAGAAGAAGCGCAGGGGCCACCUGCAACAGAGGGCUCUUGUUCCUCCGCUGCGCUCUCCAUCGAGCACCUGUGGUCUUCCAGCGUGGCCCCCUGUACGCAGAAACUGCAACAGCAAUCCACCCUCCUCUACGUCGAGCGUGAGCCAGCCUUCACCGGCAGCCGCCAGGGCACCCAGUCGUUGCACGUGCUGCAGAAAAUCGUGCAAGGGUCGAGCUUAUGCAUUGCAAAUAUGUCUGGGUCUGGAAGGAUGCAACCUGUGAUGCUGUCUUUGGAUUCUGAAAAAAUCUGUAUUGCGUGACCAACAAGAGGGGUCCAUUUUGUGCUACGCGGAGAGGGAAUUUCUCAUGCGGAAUAUGCAUCAGGAAGCCCUCCAAAAAUCUGUGAUGCUAGGUCACGCAUUACGGGCAUCAUGCGACAUAGAAGAUAUGCAUGACAAACCUGGCUUUCUUCCAGACCCAGACAUAUUUGCAUUUCAUAGAGCUUGUGGGACCUGGCCUGUGAUGUGCUGUACCGAACCAUCGCGGGCGGGACUGGGUAUCCUGUGCAAAAGUAUCGUACUCGUAUUGCGAGCAUGCAUUACAAAUCUUUGUUGAAAGGUAAAUCCGCAUUACAAACUUUACUUCUCAUGCUGAGGAAAUUUGUAAUGCAUUUAUACGAGUGCGAUACUUUUGCAGUUCAUACUGGGUACCAAGCGACAAAAGCGGCCGCGUUUUUCAAGUUCUUGAAAAACUACCGCACGAUGGCGCCGCAGCUGGACUACUUGUUCGACCACAGCACGGAUCUGUACGGAAUCGGUUUGACGCACAAGGCGCCGGCGCUGUGCUACCGGUCGGAUUUUUUGACGAGAACGGAGAAGAAGGUCGAGGAGGGGGCGCUGGAAUUAGUGGCGGGGAAGAGUAUAAUUUGUUCUACAUGUGGACUUUUUUAGUACGUGUUUUCUUUCACUAGCGAUGAUUCUGAAUUGGAAUAACAGUAGUUUGUUCCCUUUACUAGCUUUUUUUCAUCAUCGUAGCGCGGUCGCUCCUGUCAGCGUCGCAUGAAGACACAAGAAGAUUACGAACUCACAUCCUGCUUCAAAACUAACCCCUCAGGACGCGGGCUCCCCGACUAUGGCGAGGAGGUUGAGGCGGUGGAAACCCCGUUAGAGUUCUACCAGCUUUUGAAGCCGCACUUGAAGCAGGUGAUUGCGCCGACGGACGUGCAAUCGCUUUUCCGCAUCAUCCGCCUACAUGCGGUUGACGUGAGCAACAGUUCGAUGAACAAAAAGGUGAAAAACCGAAUCCUGGGUUUGUUUGACAUCAUGGCGUUUCUGCCCCACAGCGACAAGGAUCCCAACUGCUUCCUCUCCGUCCACAACGGGCAACUCGAGCUGUACAGCUACGACAAAAACGUCCCCGACUGGAGAAAAAUAACAGUAAAUCGCUUGAGUUUGGAGAACAGCAUGCUGUGUGUGAAAAAACGGAACUUUGUGAAAUCCGAGAUGGGGGACUUGGAAACAGUGUCCCUGUGCGGUGGAAAGGGUGCGGGGGAAGCCGGAAGUCAAGCUGAUAACAACAGCAGGAAGCAACAAGCGCUGGAGCAGAGCACGCAGCUGUUGAACAAUUUGCGAGAUCUGGAGCAGUCCUUGCAAGGAAGUGGACAAGGGAGUUCUGCUGGAUCCUCCACUGCAAGCGGGUCAUCUCCGGAAGAAUCAACCGCAACAGACGAGGAAAAUAAAAUGGCGAUCGCAGCUAGUUCCUCUUCAACAUCUGGUACUGCUGGUUCCACGCAAAACACAAUAGCAACCACAGUAGACCUCACUGAAGAAGAGCAAAACCGCUUUCUGUUCGCGUACCGCGACAACCAGAUGUGGGAUAGUUUCGAAGCGUUAGAAGAACAGUGGCGAGCGGAUGUUUUCCCUUUGGUUUUGAAACGAUUCCCGAAGGGCACCGAGCAACUCGGCGCACUGUACGAGUACGUCGCGGAGUUGAUGCAGAGCUCGCCGGACUCGGUCAAACUCGCGAAGCAGUACGCGAAAUUAGCGUUCGUCGAGCGGUUUCGCUUCUUCGGGCCAAACCACGUUUUCACGAAGCGCGCGGCGGCCCGGCAGAAGGAGGUGCUGAAGAUGAAAAGUUUGAAAAAGUUGGUUAAUAUCGAAGAUGAAGCAGUGCCAUCAACAUCUUCCGACCAGAAAGAAGUUCCGCAAGAGCUGCUGGAAAAGAUGAACAAAAAGACGAAAACAACUCCACCAGUAGCACGGCAAACCGGCCCGAAGAAGAAUUUCAGUUUGAAGAGCGUCGGGGGCAAGAAAGUGAAGACCGCGAGCGGGGAGGAGAUUGAGCUGGAGUACGGAAUCGAAGAGUACAAUGAGAUCGCGGAGGAAAUGAUCCGAUUGCAUGAAACAGAAACAUCAAAUUCAUCUGCAAACACCACCGCACCCGCAUCUUCCACCUCGGACGCAGAAGAGAAUCCGGUCCCGGAUAGCAAGACUUCUUCAAAAGCAGGAUCUACUUCACGAGCAGGGGGUGCAAAGAACGCUGUGAUAUCGUCGAACACUUCGUCAAAAAAGACCACGAUUUCCACACGAAACAACUACAAGCUGUCCCUCCAGGACAAGGAGAAAAUCCGGCACACGAAGGAACACCUCGUCGGGAAGUUGCAAAACUUGAGCGAUUUGGUUGCGACGCUGAACAACGAGAAGAAAAAGCUUUCCGCACUCACGGAAACCAUGUCGCAGAGUUUGCAAUCGCAGUCCAAAUUCAACAGCAAAAUGAUCGGAGGUGGGGUCCCGCCACAGAACAUCAAUCCGAUGAGCAAGCUGGAAAUCAGUCCGGCCGGGGAAUCCUCUGUUUCCACGCAGGCGUCGCCGCCCCCGGGGAAUUUGGAUGUCGGAAGCGGCGGUGGUCAUCUGGGAAAAAUAAAGCCGCAACCGCGACCGGCAGCGCUGGUGGAGUUGGACUGAGGAUUUGCGGGUUGGUGUGGAUUGGUGGAUAUUUUGCGCCACAAUUUCUAUUACUAUUUUGCAACUGCUGUUUUCGAAGAUCGGGAUAUUCGUAUGUUUACGACAGUGCUACCUACUUUUUUUCAAUUUCAAGAAGCGCCAGCAAUCUUCCAUCCUUAGAAUUCAUAUUCGAAGCUGAAUUAGUACUGGAAUCAGGUGCAGCCCGAUUGCAAUAUCAAUAAGACACCUGGCGUACAGCAUGGGAAAACAAAAACUUUGUCAGUAGCAGUACAAGAAACAAGAGCACUCGUUUUUACAUGACGUUCCUCCGUGAU